AUGGUGAGGCACCUUGAUGGGACAGUUAAGUAUCUUGAAAUGACAGUUAAGCGUCUUGAAGAGACAGUUAAGCAUGUCGAAGGGACAGAUAAGCGUCUGAAACGGACAGAUAAGCGUCUGAAACGGACAGAUAAGCGUCUGAAACGGACAGAUAAGCGUCUGAAAAGGACAGAUAAGCGCCUGAAAAGGACAGAUAAGCGUCUGAAAAGCACAGAUAAGCGCCUGAAAAGGACAGAUAAGCGCCUGAAAAGGACAGAUAAGCGCCUGAAAAGGACAGAUAAGCGUCUGAAAAGGACAGAUAAGCGUCUGAAAAGGACAGAUAAGCGUCUGAAAAGCACAGAUAAGCGCCUGAAAAGGACAGAUAAGCGCCUGAAAAGGACAGAUAAGCGCCUGAAAAGGACAGAUAAGCGUCUGAAAAGGACAGAUAAGCGUCUGAAAAGGACAGAUAAGCGUCUGAAAAGGACAGAUAAGCGUCUGAAAAGGACAGAUAAGCGUCUGAAAAGGACAGAUAAGCGUCUGAAAAGGACAGAUAAGCGUCUGAAACGGACAGAUAAGCGUCUGAAACGGACAGAUAAGCGUCUGAAACGGACAGAUAAGCGUCUGAAAAAGACAGAUAAGCGUCUGAAAAGGCCAGAUAAGCGUCUCAAAGGGAAAACUAAACGUUCGAAGGAGACGAUUAAGCGACUUGCAGGAGACGGUUAA